CUUGCUCUAUAUUCCUGACAAGCCGUCCACCCGAGAUCGACCUCUGAGACGAUUCUGGCAAGGCGCGCUCAGGCGGUUCUCCCUCCUGAUGUACGUGCUCACGCCAAAAAAGUGCGGACAACCCAACGCGUGGAGGAUAUUGCCUCUAACCCAUUUUACGCUCUGUGUCUACCAUGUUGUUUCCUCUAUUUCCUUCGUUGCCUUUUCUGCCUCUGUAUCUAAUUCAAUCCCUAAUGUUGCCAUCUUUAGCCUUUACAUCGUAUCCCCGGGCGGAUGAACAAACCAAUUCAGCGGAUCCGAGCUGGUUGUUACGGUGCUAGGACCUUUUAAGGUUGCUCCUUCCCGUAUUAGUUGUUCCCUUCCUUCCCUUGCUUGCCUUGGGUUGGCAGCAAUUUGGUAAUCCGGAAAAACUGCCCAGUUUCCCACCUCUCUCUCUCUGUAGGUAUUUCGCCAUCGCUGUUGGCAGUUGCACACUUUUCUCCCCCCGUACCUACCUUCCUCUACCCGGUAAGGUACUUUCCGUCAGCAACGCAAGGUUCCGGACUUUUUUUUCUGUCGGCCGGCCGUACCUUCCUUGCAGCAAACGCGCCCCCCUCUCCCGGUCGUGUGGCACCUUCCGUAUUUUAGUCCCGUCAACCCGAUUUCAGAUCUAUUCCACAAACCACAACCGCAACCUUUUUUUUCCCCUCCUCCCCUUGCACAACGAACAAAGCGUUCCGCCGUCCGAGGCUGCUGUACGAUCACGACGGCAAUUCUUCAUCCCCCUUAGCCUCUGUGCGCCAUUGCGUCGGCCUCGUCGAGAUGGCUUCCAACACGGGCAAGGCCGGAGUAAUCAUCGCCCCAGACGAUGUUGGCAGCAUGGACAAGCUUGCACACGCCGUUCUCGACGACCUCGUGUACAACAUCGUCCAUGAUCUGCUGCUCAAGGUCCACCGUGACGAGAAAAUGGCAAGAGCCUCCACUGCCGCCAUUCGCGUUGAGAAGCUGGCUUCCGAUGCCUCAGAGACCUCCACCCCCGACUCGAAACCCGACGUGCGCAUCGAGACCGACGCCGCGAUAUACGAGGACGGCAAAGUCCUUCUCAAGGGCAAUCCACUCAAGACUACUACCGAGAUCAUCUGUCCGCGAUGCCACUUGCCACGCUUGCUCUACCCGACCGACGGCAAGGGCGCCAGAAAGCCCGACCCAAGCGUCAUCUACUGCAAGAAGCACCCCUACAUCGACAAGCCCGGAUUCGACAUCUACGGUCAAACGUGGGUUCAGCCAGGCCCCGGUCGAGGCAAGAAAAAGAAGGACAUGAAACCCGAUCCGAACCUCGAGUCGCCCGCACCCGGCGAAACGCGCCCGCCCAACGUCCUCUCGUUCCCCUCCGCAACCUGCAGCAAGUGCAAACGAUGCAUUCUCGUCACCCGACUCAACAAUCACAUGGGCUCUUGCAUUGGAAUGAGCGGUCGUAAUGCGAGCCGCGCGGCGGCGGCCAAGAUCUCAAACGGCAGUAACGGUGCUAGCCAGAACGACGGGACGCCCCCGUCGAGCCAGAAGGCCACCCCAGCACCUGCGUCACGAGCCUCGAGCCCCAAGAAGCGCGACAGCGAGGAGGUGGCGGUCCCCGACGACGACGACGAGUCAGCCGACAGUCACAAGAAGAAGAAGCUCAAGUCGACACCCUUGAUGACGAAGAAGGUCAUCCUCAAGACAAAGGGACCUAAGAAGGAAAAGGUCAAAACGAGCUCUCUUCUGAGCCGCGAAGCAAAGCCUGACGUGGGCGACAACUCGACCGUUGAGGUUGCGCCGAAGAAGGAGAGAAAGGAGGCCAAAGGCAUCAGCCCAACUAAGAAGCUCAAGCUCGGUGCCGCGAAGCCGCCGUUGUCCUCGCCGCUAUCCAAGAACGGUCGGAACGAAGACGCGGAAUCCGAGUCGUCCGGCACAUUGUCGUCGCCGCCAAACUAGAAGUCUGGUGGUACCGCUAAGAAGCGCAAUCCGGCCAACAAGACACAGCCUGCGCCGCCGUCGUCCUCGGCUGGCGUAUCUCAACAGCAAAUCGGCCCGGACGCUGGCAAUAGGAAGUCUACGAUUACUAAGACCGAACGAAGGGUACACCAGCCUUCUGCCAGGGGCAAGUUCUCUCCCAAGGAAACUUCUCCCAAAAGCCAGACCGCCGUCAAGGCUCCAGCUGUUACCGCGGGCCCAUCCAGCACCAAGGCUCCCUCUGACGUCGAGGUUGAAUCUCGUGCCAAGGGUCAACCCAUCGUCGAGACCCGAUAUACCACCAGCUCUCCGCCUGCUCCCAAGGCUCGAAAAAGACUAUCGGACCACAACGAGGACCAGGCCAACAAGCGGCGCCGGUCCUAACUUACUCGUCUCUUUGUGUCAUCAACUCUACUUUUUCUUUUUCUUCAUCCGGGACCUGGUUUCGUCCACAGAGUCAGGAUGAGCAUACUGUCGCAAGUAACGGGCACACCACGGCCAAAGAACAGGUUGCAGAUCCACGACAAAGUCGGAUAUCCUCAGACUACGCAUUAUUUUCACCUUGUAUUCAUCACCAAAAUUUGAUCCUUCAGCACGACGGCCACCAACACUUGAUACACGACACCCACACAACAUUGCAUGGUUUUUGGAGUCAGUCGGGGAGGGUACUCUACAGGGAUGGGGAGGUUUCCCCCAUACAUUCUCGUGCAUCACCCGGCGAGGCGGAUGGCGGCGUUCAGAGAUUGCGGUUACUCUAUAGGCAUUGACCGAAUGACAUUGAUUCCCUUUGACCAUUAUGUUUUGAAGCACCCACUGGCUUUAGUGAUGUGUGAUGUGGGAGCCACUGCCUAUUCGGCCCAUUGCCAUCAUUAUAGAAUGCGUGGAAAGUUGCGGGUAUUCCCCUGGCAGCUUCGUCACUUUCUGUUCUUGCUUUUUCUUUCCCAAUUGCGUCCGGUACGAGCAGGAAGGGGAAUGACACAUUGGAAGCGAGCGAGUGUGUCUUGUAUGAGUGCCGGACGCCAUAUAGCGUCUGAAUGUGCUGGUAUUUGUGACGUGAUAUUGCCCCCACUGUAUCUUUUUUACAGUAACCCAACGCCGAAACUCCAUGCCAU